GAACACAGCAAAAGUAUGGAUAUGGGAAAUCAACAUCCAUCCAUCAGUAGGCUUCAGGAAAUCCAAAAGGAAGUGAAAAGUAUAGAACAGCAAGUAAUUGGCUUCAGUGGUCUGUCAGAUGACAAGAAUUACAAGAAACUGGAGAGGAUUUUAACAAAACAGCUUUUUGAAAUAGACUCUGUAGAUACUGAAGGAAAAGGAGACAUUCAGCAAGCGAGGAAGAGGGCAGCACAAGAGACAGAGCGUCUUCUCAAAGAGUUAGAGCAGAAUGCAAACCACCCACACCGGAUCGAGAUACAGAACAUUUUUCAAGAAGCCCAGUCCCUGGUGAAAGAGAAGAUUGUGCCCUUUUACAGUGGGGGCAACUGUGUAACCGAUGAAUUUGAAGAAGGCAUCCAAGACAUCAUUCUGAGGCUGACACACGUCAAGACCGGGGGGAAGAUCUCCCUGCGCAAAGCAAGGUAUCACACUUUAACCAAAAUCUGUGCGGUGCAAGAGAUUAUCGAAGACUGCACGAAAAGGCAGCCUUCCCUGCCGCUCUCCGAGGACGCGCAUCCUUCGGUUGCCAAAAUUAACUCUGUGAUGUGUGAGGUGAACAAGGCCAGGGGCACUCUGAUUGCACUGCUGAUGGGAGUGAACAAUAAUGAGACCUGCAGGCACUUAUCUUGUGUGCUCUCGGGGCUGAUCGCGGAUCUGGACGCUCUGGAUGUGUGCGGGCGGACGGAGAUCCGAAAUUACCGCCGGGAGGUAGUGGAAGAUAUCAACCAGUUACUGAAAUAUUUGGAUUUAGAAGAGGAAGCAGAUAGCACCUAUGCAUUUGACCUGGGACAGAAUCAUUCCAUCUUAAAGAUAGAAAAGGUCCUCAAGAGAAUGAGAGAAAUAAAAAACGAGUUCCUUCGAGCACAGAAUCCUCCUGAAUUGUACCUGAGCUCCAAAACAGAAUUGCAGGGGCUGAUCGGACAGCUGGACGAGGUAAGUCUGGAGAAGAACCCUUGCAUCCGGGAGGCUCGGAGAAGAGCAGUGAUCGAGGUGCAGACCCUCAUCACUUACAUCGACUUGAAGGAGGCCCUGGAGAAGAGGAGGUCCUUCGCUUCCGAGGAGCACCCGUCCCAUAAAGCGGUCUGGGACAUCCUGGGAAACUUGUCCGAGAUCCAGGGAGAGGUUCUUUCAUUUGAUGGGAACCGAACGGACAAAAACUACAUCCGGCUGGAAGAGCUGCUCACCAAGCAGCUGCUCGCCCUGGACGCCGUGGACCCUCAAGGGGAAGAGCAGUGCAAAGCCGCCAGGAAGCAGGCGGUGAAGCUCGCCCAGAACAUCCUCAGCUAUCUCGACCUGAAAUCCGACGAAUGGGAGUACUAA